GCCACGAAUGACACAAAGUGUAAGAAAUAAAGUAAAAUGCGGAAAAUUAAUUUAUUAUAAUGAAAUGUUUGGAAUUUUGGUCGUAUUGUUCUGUAUACUCGCACUCGCUGCCACCCGUUCCGUCAACUACUGCGGCGCCAGCAUGUGUGGAGGCAGAAAUACACAUACUUUCUGUCGGUAUCCAAAAGGCCCCAGUUCUGAGUGCGUUCAGUAUAAAGACGCCAGGCUUAGAACACACGAGAAGACGAGAAUCGUGGCCCGGCUCAAUAGCCGCAGGAAUGAAGCGGCAUCCGGAGCAUUACUGGGAUUCCCCCCAGCUGGGAACAUGUUGAAAAUGCAAUGGGUUGAGGAGCUGGCUCGCGAGGCCCAGCGCUGGGCAGACCAGUGUCGUCCACCGCGGCCCAUAGAAGAACACGAUGCUUGUCGUGAUCUGUAUUCAUUGACAGUUGGUCAGUGUGUGUCGUCGGUAGUGGGCGACACGCCAGUCCGAGUUGAGCAAAUGGUCGACAUUUGGUACAUACAAAGCACGUUCUACAAUAACAGUAUCACCUCCUAUGUGCCUCCAGGUAAUGGUAGCAAAUAUUACGGCGAUUUUGCACAGAUCCUUUGGGCGAAAAGUAAUAUGGUGGGCUGUGGUCGCAGUCGAUUUAAGACACUUUGGCAAGGUGAACUUAGAAGUGUGGAGCGUUUAGUCUGCAAUGUAGCACCGCUCGGGCCCAAGCCAAAGCACCGAUUAUGGAUCUCCGCUGUACCAGCUUUCUUCUGCCCAUAUGGUUCAUCACAGUCUCUUACAUGGCAUCACCUUUGUGAAUACUCUGAAACGAUUAGUGAUCUACAAGAUACGUUAAAACGUAAUGAACGUGCUUUAUCACGAAAAAGAGGGAAACGGAGAAGGGUCCGCCACCGUAUACGAAGAUUUAGAAGACACAAGAACUCACGUAAACAUGCGGAGAGUCAAAGUACAGAAGCAAUAGAUCUUGAUACAUUUUUAAAUAAUUACUCAAGUAAAAAUAGUGUCACCGCGUCUCUUAUGAUAAUUUUAGCUUUGUGUUUAUAA